GUACUAUACUACGUACGUACCGCUACGUACGGUAUACGGUACGUACCGUACGUUUAUUACUAUAUUAUAUAUUAGGCAGAAUGGUUUACAAUCUCUAUAGCAACGGCUCCUAUAUAUGUCUAUUUGUAACUACUUUUCUUAACUUUAGAGGGUCUAUUUCGUACUAAAAACUAAGGAAAUUUUGAGAGCUUCAUGAGUAGUAGACAUAGAUCUGCUUUUAUUACCAUCAACUUCUAAUUAUCCCAUGAUUGUUCUGUUUUGCUCAGAGGAAACCGAUGAUCUGCACUGAAUCGCCAGCAGCACACACAAUCACAUCACCCGGCUGUCGUGCUGCGGUACGGUUCUGAUGCUACCGCUAGACUUCCCCUAUUUUGUUUUUAUUUGGUAUACUGUUACUGGGCCAGGGAAGGCUACGAGUACGACGUUGUAGCUGGCCGGCUUGCCGCUGUUCUCGUGAAGACAUUUGAUGAAAGGACAAGUUAUAGGUAUGGCCAGUUCUGGAUCAGCUGUCAGGUAUCCAGGAUUUCCAGACAGCAUGCGUAGGACAGCUCCUGCCGGUCAUUCCCGCAUACCAGUGCCGCAGACUCAAAGACCUGAUGCCAACCGUCAUGUGAGUGCUCCGCAGCGUUCAAGGCUCCUUGCCAUGCAGGAUGCCUACCAGAAGAAGCUGAUGAAAGAAAAGGAAGAAAAAAUGUUAGCCAUUUACAACAAGCAGCAAGAUCAGGCUCUUCAGAAAGUUACCCGCCAUGGAAGUAAAGCUGGUACAGAUGAAGGGCAAGGUAUUGUGAGAGAUUUCUUUAGGGAGCGGAAGCAAAUGGAACAAUCAAAACAUUCAGCUGAAAUCAUAUCAAGAGAUAUGCAUUUCCAAAAGAAACUCCAAGAGAGAAAGAAUACAAGUGGUCUCUCAAAUACUAAUGAUGCAAGCAAUAUUCAAAACAGACAAGCAAAGAAAAUUUCUGAUCUUCAGGAGCAAAAACUGUAUGAAGAGAGGAAACAACAAGAAAUGCUAAAUUAUAAGAGACAGCAGCAACAGAAUCAGAUGCAACAGCAACAAAAACCUGCCAAAGGUACGAUGAGAUCCAAUCCUCUUGCUCCCAUCAAACGUGAUUCUGUAAAGAUGAAGGUGAAUGGCCCUCCAUCACCCAGCUAUGAAGUCUAUGAAACAUCUGGUAAUCUUGCAUAUGAUGAAGAUGAUCAUCCAAUGAAACCACUAUCAAAACCUCAGAAGGUUUCGCAUCGUUCCAAGCAAAGAAUUGAUUAUGAACAUUCUUCACCAAACAAUAUGAACACUACACAUGAUUUGCCACCUCAGCCAGCUAAACAUUUGAAUCGCAAGAAGGUAGCCCCUCCUAUCUCAAAGGAGAAAUCUCCAAUGAGAGCAAAGAAAGGCAAGAAAAGGGAUUUUCAGAAGUGGCAAGAAGAACAAGACUUAGAGAGGCAGGAACGUUUGAAGAAAUAUGAGGAUACACACUCUCAACCAAAUAAUGACUUUACUGUAGACUAUGACAGGGAGUUAAAAGAUGAGAUGGAGUCUGCCAAGAACAGAAGAAAGAAGGAAUAUGAUGAUAUGAUGGCAAAAGAGCGUGAACUAGAAGCCAUGAUUGCCAAACAUAAACAUGAUCUUGCCAGAAUGUCAAUGGAUGAUGACAGUGAUGAUGAAAUGGACUCCUUUCCAGCCCAAAAGAGCAGGCAGCCUGUGAAAAAGCAAACAAAAUCCCAGAGUAAAGCCACUUCCCAUUAUGAGGAUGAAGAAUCAUUUACUUAUCGUAAUGAUGGCGAUGACUAUGAGAGCAGAGCAGGUGAAUUUAAAUCUAGACAGAAACAGUUAUCAAAACCAAAGCGCAAAGCACUGCCAAGGGACCCAGACCCUGAACCAUCCCCUCCACCACCUGCUCCCAUGUCACAUGAUACCAGUCUAUAUGAUCAAGCUAUUGAUGAUGGAGGAGAAGUUAUGGAUUUGAAUCUAGUUGAAUGUUCAGUAUGUGGGAGAAGGUUUGCAGCUGACAGACUGUCCAAGCAUAAGUCUGUAUGUAAGAAUGCAUCCAAGAAGAAAAGGAAGGUAUUUGACACUACUCAACAUAGGACUCAGGGGACAGAACUUGCUCAAUAUGUUAAGAAAGGUCAGCACUUGAAGAAUGAUCCUCCGGCAAAGCCAUCAAAUUGGAAACGUAAACAUGAGGACUUUGUACGAUCAAUACGAGAUGCUCGUGAGACACAGGCAUACGUUGCUAAAGGGGGCAAGCUAUCUGAUCUUCCUCCACCUCCCCCAUCAGAAAACCCAGACUACAAACAAUGCCCCUAUUGUGCACGCAAGUUUAAUCAAACUGCAGCUGAAAGGCAUAUUCCUCAUUGCAAAAAUACCAAGAGUAGACCCAAGCCACCCCCUCGCAAGAAAUAAUAUUACUGUGGACAAAGACAAACAUAAAGUAAGUUUUUAAUAUGAAUUCAUCAGUCCAUACAGGUACAUGUAGUUAUCAACAGCAAGCCAAUCAUUUCUGCUUCAAUGACAUGUACUUGAUAUCAUUUAUAUAAUAGGGGCUCCAUUUUGCAUCUGUUGAAAGGGGAGAUAUUGUUUGGGGCUUUAAGAUGACAUGGAAUUGUAAUUGUAAUCAUGUUUGGAUAAAAUCAGAUGAUACCUGGCAUCUUUUAAUCCCACUUACAAUUUAUUUUACACACGCCACAUGAUCAAAACGGUCUCGAGUAGUUGCAUAAACAAUUGUGUAAGCCUCCUAGUAAAACAUGUAGUCGUUCUAGACUUUGGUAAUGACGCACAAGGUAAUCAGUCUAUUGGAUAAGUAGAGAAAUGGAUUAAUAGGGGUAAGGGAGAGAGAGGGGAAAACUGUCCAUUAAUCUAAUUGGCACCAAUCAAGAAUGGCUGUCAAUUAGGGAAAGUGCUCUCUGUGUUUAGCAUGAAGAGAGUCAACAUAGAAUGCAGGAUGUCAAAAAUUGAAACACCAGUGCGUUGCAAAUGUAAUCCUGUGUUGUUUUAGCCUUAUUUAUCUGUGGUCACCUAAUUUCAAAUACAAUUUAUAGUACAUGUAUGACCAUCAGGGGGCAUUUUAUGGAACAAAAUAAUAGUGACUUUCACUUAAUCUUGUUAUAUGCUACUGACAUCCAUGCAUCUGAUUGGCUCAGAGUAAACUUAUAAGUGAAAAUUACUGAUGCUACAUGAAAUGCUCUCCAGAAAUAAAUGUAAAGGGAAUCCAAUAAAAAUGACCACAGAAGUGUUUGUUAUAUGAAUAAAAUCCAUUUGAAUGGUUGAUAACUACAGUGCUCUUUUCCAAGCAUUAUUUAUAUAUUACCAUGUGUGGUUACUAAUGUACUGGCGAUUUCAGCAUGUAUACUUGCAAUUUUGCAAUAUACGGCUUGAACUAAGUUAUAUGAUGAUAUGAUCCAGUUCAGAGUGUACUUGAUUUUGUAUUUAAGUUUAAACUUACACACAUUUUUAGGCUUUCUUCUUGUGCUGUAGGCCUACUUCCCCUACAUACAUGUAUACAGCAAAUACCAUAAGUAAAUCUUAUUUUAUCUUAUUUAAAAUUGGCUUCGUUGAUAUUUAUAUUUUAUUUUUCAUGGUUUACAUGUAUAUUCCACUAAAAUUCUUUAAAUGUAUAUGUCUUCAUGAAGUGUAAACCCUAGACUAUCAAAAAUAUAAAUUAACUCCAGACUUAAACAGCAAGCAUCGUGGAUAAAUAAAACAUGAGCUGUUAUCUGACAUGAAACCUGUCAGAAAGGAUUUCUUAUUUAUAAAUGAAAUGAGAGAGUGCUAUGAAACAGCCUUUCUCAUUGGAUAUUGCUUGAAAAAUAGGUGUGGCCUUCAGAGAUAAAAAUGAAGUUAAAUUGGGGCCCAGAAUACUGAUUCAAAGAGGUUUUAAGUGUAAUUUAUCCAACUGAUUUUAUCUCGGAUGAAAUAUUUUAUCUGAGAUAAAAUGGAUAUCAGAAUACUGUACUACCCCAGUGCUUCUUGACCAGUCAAAUUAAUCUACAGAUUUCACUAAAAUUGUCAGUGCUUAUAAAUUUCAUGUAAAUGUUUGCACUUUUCUGUUAUGUUAUAUAUGUGUUAUUUUGAAGUCAAAUUAUUGUAUCAAGAGUUGCAUAAUUGUAAUACCUGUCCCCCUAAAAGCAUUGAUACGCAUAUCACAUGAAUAUUUAUAGGCCUAUUUGUACAUAUUCACAAUCUGCUUACUCAGAGUUUCUUGAUUACACUUUUGAAAAACAAAUACAUGUACAUGUAUGCAAAAUGGUGCAAAUUAAAGAAAAAAAAAGUAUGCAUGUCUGAUGAAGCAUGAGCAAUCACAUUGCAAGAUGAAAAUGUUUUGGUUUUACUUUAAUACAUGUAUACAGAGUAUAAAUUUCACUAAGAAUUUGAUAAGCAAUUGUAUGAAAUACUAUGUUGACAGAUAAGAUCACCUACAUGUAGGUGAGAAGGCCUACUUUAAAUGGAAAUACAUGAGAGUGUGUAUUGUGUUAAAAGGCCAGUUUAGAUUAAUAAAAGGCUAUACUGUUAAUGUGGUUAUUGGAUUGUGUGAGCUCAUCAUUAACUUGCCAAUCUGUUGCUAUGCUACACUGAUUACUUUUGAUUGAAAACAUGCAAACAUCCCCCCACAAAGUGCUUCCUUUCCUACUCUGUCCAUUUUCAUUUUAACCAACCACCCAAAGCACUCUUCCUGGUUGCUAUAUCAACCAGUGUAAACAAUCAGUGGUUUGAUACACCUGCUCAAGUAAGAAGCUUCCUAUAAAUUGAGAGAAGGUGAUUGUGAAAGACUUCCGGUGUCUUGACUGUCUCCAAGCGCUUUAAUGCCUAUGCCUGGAAAUAUUUCUGUAUUCUGAAAGGUCAUGGAUUUGACCUUUAAACAGAAUGAGUGAGGGAAUUUGCCACUUUUAUCAUUUUAAUGUAGAUGUAAAAAAAAAGAUAAUUGAGAUUUUGUUGGUCAUUUUUAUGUUAAAUUACUCUCCUUACUACAUCCAUUAAUAUUCAAUAAGUGGAAAGAAUGGAUGAAAUAUCAGUCACAAUAAGUGGAUUUUAUCGACAACAUUGUCCAUAUUCAUGUAUUCUGGGAGAUAUUGUGCACUUUAUUUUUUAUACACUGUAUGUGUGAGCAUCUACAUGUAUCUAUGGUAGUUACAUAACUAUAACAUUUAUAAAUUAUUCCUGAUUUAAAUCAACUUAUACAAGUUGUUUAGAUAUUGUACAGUAGCUACAUGUAUUUGUUGUAUGUUGCAUGUAUCUUAGACAUUCUUUACAAUGGGAAGCUCUUUCUUUCAAUCACCUGAAAUAUAUGCUUUAAUAAUUUUGUAAAUUGAAACCUUUGCUCAUUUUACCAUCUAUUGUCUCUUGUCAGUCCAAGUUAGAGUGUACUAUUAGUAACCAAAGCUGUAUUUUCUAUUGUUCACUAGCAAUAAGAACAUAUAACAUUUCUUUAAAGCAUUACUUGCAAAGUGAGGGCAGAAUAUCUACUAAGACACAUGAAUGCAUUGUAGAUUGUGAAUUAAAGGUUAUUGUGAAUUGCAAAGAGUAGAAGGAAAGAAAAAUCCAGGGGUAAUCAAUGCUGGCAAUAGAGCUUUGGUUACAAAAUGAAUAAGUUAUAAAUUUCUGAUAGACUGAAUUUAAAGGUGAUUCUUCUCACUGGAACAACUCUUCAUCUCUAUGGAAAUACAAUUUAUAGAUUUUGGGGGUAUUCUUUUACAAGAUGCAGCUUGUGUCAUUGCGAACUAAAAAAAAAAUAAGCAAACUAAAAAAAAAUAACAUGAAAUAUAUGUUCCUGUGAUACAUUUGAAAAAUGAUAUUAAGUUUUCUUCCUUAUGAAGAAUUAAGGACUACAUGUACUAGACAUUAAGUGUGUGAAGAAUCAAGAAUGUACACGUUCAACCAAAUCCUGCUAUCUUAUUUUUUAUCAAUUUGAUGAUUGCUGUAUAAUUUGAGAAUGACAGACAUUUUGGUAAAGCUCAAGAUCAUUCAUGUAAUUUUCAAAGCUGAGUUCAAGGUCAACAAAAAUGAAAAAUACUAAUAUGUGAAAUAUUAGGUGUAAAUGGGAUAUAUGUGGGUGAAAUUUUGCUGUAAAAAUAUACCUUGUUGGUUCUGUUAUGUAUAAAAACAGUUUCUAAAUCAUGGACUGUGAUAGCAUUUUCAGGACACAAUCUUACAUAGUUUUAUUAUCAUGUAAUGAGAACGGUGCCCGCUUUGAUAAAACAUUAAUGAAUAGUCUCUAAAGCUAAUGAAUGGGAAACUUUAAAUUUUCACAAAAAGUCAAUGAAAAUGCUCACUAUAAUUUAGAUUGGAAUGUGAUAACUAAUACUUGAAUAUCAUAAUCAUUGUACCAUUCCCAAAGCUGUAUACAGGCUUUAUAAACUUCAGAGUAUGUCUCUUUUUUGUAUGAUAUUAAUGGAACAUUUUUUUUCAAAUUUGUGAUAUCCCUAUUCCCUACUAAUAUUUAUUUACACCUUCCCAAGGGUCUUCAUUUUCUUUUAAAGUACUUGUAUUUCAAUAUAUCACUUGCAUGUCAGUUUCAGAAUGUACAAGAGAUGUUGAACAUGUUUAAGGAUAUCAGAAUUUAAUGCAAGUAUGCUUAUAUGUACAUAUUAUAAUCACUAUUUUUAUCUUGAUUAGUAGUUCAUUCACACAUGACAGAGUGCUUUAGUUUUCCAGUGUGCGUCAUUCAUUGUUAGGCAAGUAGGAUGUGUGAAUAUGUAUUCUUAGUUUGUCAGAAUAAUACAAGCCUAUUCUAUUCAGGACAGGUGUAUCAAAAUCAUUUUAUUUCCAUGUUUUGAAAAAUGUAAAUGCAGUGCCAUGUUUAAAAAAAUGAUAUAUAGCAUAUUUGUAUAUUUUCCAAGAAUUUUUUAUAUUAUUGACUCAUAUGAAACAUCAAACAAUGCUAUCAGUACUUGGAAAAGGAACAGAUUUUAAAAUUAUAUGGGCUUUUUACUAUAAUCAACAAUAUGUUUUGAUCAAAUUCAAUAGUUUUGAAGGGUGGGGCAUAUGGAUUCAGUGAACAAUGCCAAAUUAGUAACAAAGUUUGUAAGUUUUAUUUUCAAUUUAUUUACUGUGGUUAUAGAUCUAAAGCACUGUAGUUAGGAGUGCUGCAUAAUAUUGUUUCUGAAAUAUAUUUCAGCAUGUUAUAUUUUUAUACUGUCUUGCCAGUAGAGUGAUGUGAUGUGAGUAUAAAACUAUUACAUGGAAUAUACAGCAUUUAUAUUUAUCCAGCCAUAA